ACAUUCAUGUGUCUCACACAGGGGAGAGAUGUUGCUUUUUCUUCUGCUCGUCUUCUGUCUCGGGGGGACGGAGUCUGCUGUGGACUCGUACGUGGCUGCCGUGUACGAGCACAGAGUCGUCCUGAACCCAGACCCUCGCGUCCCGGUGUCCCGCCGCGAAGCCCUGAUCCACAUGCAGAAGAACCUGGACGUCUACGAGCAGCAGGCUGCCAGAGCUGCACAGCAGGGUGCCCAGAUAAUUGUGUUUCCAGAAGAUGGCCUUCAGGGUUUUAACUUCACCCGUUCAUCCAUUUCCGGAUACAUGGAGACCGUUCCUGACCCUCAGGAGGAGAGCUGGAACCCCUGCACCGAGCCGCACCGACACAACAACACUGAGGUUCUCCAGCGACUGAGCUGCAUGGCCCGUAGCUACAACCUCUACCUAGUGGCAAACAUGGCUGAUCGGCAGCCCUGUCCCCUGAAGACAGCCCCGUCCUCGUGUCCCCCCGAUGGACACUGGCAGUUCAACACCAAUGUGGCUUUCAGUUCUGAUGGCCUGCUGGUGGCACGCUACCAUAAACAGAACCUCUACUUUGAAGAGUCCUUUGAUACGCCUCCAAAGCUGGAAGUUAUUACAUUUGAUACACCUUUUGCUGGGAAGUUUGGCCUCAUCAUUUGCUUUGACAUCCUGUUUCACGAUCCUGCAGUAGCUCUGGUGGAAAGGGGUGUGCGCCAGGUGAUUUUCCCCACAGCUUGGAUGAAUGAGCUCCCCUUACUGGACUCUAUCCAGUUUCACCGGGCCUUCAGUCUGGGGGCAAACGUUACUGUGCUGUCUGCCAACCUCCGUCAUGACCAAAAGCGAAUGACAGGAAGCGGCAUCUUCACUCCGUUCUCUGCUACCUUCCACCACGCCAUGAAGGAAGACCCAGAGGAGGGCAGGCUGCUCGUGGCCAGAGUUCCAGUCUUAGAGCCGAUGGGGGUGAAUGAUGAGGCUGAAUCCACAUCAUCCAUGCCUUCAGAGUCUGGUCACUGCUACGAAGACAGCUGUCCUGGUUCUCCUUCACCUUCUUCCUCCUCCAACCCCACCUUCACUGCAUACAUGAUGCAUGACCCAUUUAAAUUUGUCCUCAUAAACAAGUCAGAGGACAAUGUCACAGUGUGUGACGGUACGUUCUGCUGCCAUCUCCAGUACAAGUGGACAGCACAUGACCAAAGGAAGGAACUGUAUGCUCUGGGAGCAUUUGCAGGAACGCACACCGUGAAUGGACGUUAUGCCUUGCAGGUGUGUGCAGCAGUCCGCUGCGCAGGGCUGGAGCCCAGCUCCUGUGGACAGAAAGUGGAGGAGGCGGAGUCCAAGAUGGACUUCCUGUUGGAGGCGACUUUUCAGACAAAACACGUGUACCCUUCAGUUCUGGUGAACCGCAUGGUGCUGGAGCAGCCUGAGAAGCUGGAGAGAGCUGCAGGUGGGAGGGUGGCCAUGAAGCACUCAAACAUGAGGGGCGGCCUGAUCACUGCCUGCCUGUAUGGACGAAUGUACCACCUGGAUAACGAGGGGCUCGCUGUGCAAUAAUAGAGUCGUACUAAAAUCAAACUCUGAUUGAGACCUUUGAUGACCUUCACAUGUCACAUCAUGUCAUAUAGGAACUAAAUAAAACAAAUCUUUUUA